CUCAUAGUAAGGAGAAACAAGCAAUGGAGUACCGCAGAGGAGGCAAAGUGAAUGUAUUUCCGAGUCUCCUUCCACCACAAGCAAGAAAUGAUCAGCUUCUCCUAACAGUGACUGCAAUGGGACCACCAGUAAAGCCUACAACUCCUACUGGAGGGAUUGGAGGAAGCAUGGGUACAAGAUUAACAGCACUAUCAGAUCCCUCUGCACUGGUUCAGACUAACAAGGCCAUCAAUCGAGAGAAAAUACUAGCAAGAAGGUACACGGAGCCAAAUCUACCAUUAAUUCCACCACAACAUGUGAAGCAACUCAGAGCCACAAGAUCAACUGUAAGCACUAGACCACCUUCUUACAAGCUGCUAGCACCAACUCCUACACUUAAUGGUCUUGUACUUCCACCCAUUGGAGGCAGUAGCAGUUCAGAGCCUCAUCAGUUGAUGACAGCGCAGAAAGAGGAUGAGGAGAAACAGCAAUCCUGUGAUGAAGACGAUGAGAGUAGCAAUGAAAGUCUGUUGGAUGAUGAUGAAAGCAUUGAUGAUAUACCAUUAAGUGGUAUUGGAUUUAAAGACGAUUCAUUUAGCAGCUCAACUGCAUUAGCUGAGGUAUCCUUCUCAGCAAUAAAACCAUCAGACCAUACGAGCUACCCAGUAACACUUAUACAAGAACAGCUACUAGCAGAGCAUCAAUUGCAUGUUACUGGUGCUCAAGGUUCAGCUGGAUACAACCCUAGAGUGAAUAAUAUUGUGAGAGGGUUUGAAAUUAAAGGCCCACUGGAUAAAGAUUUACUCCAACAGGCACUUGAUAAAGUGGUCAAUGCUCAUGCUAUACUGAAGUCAGCAUUUAGACUGAGGAAUGACAGUAAUUACUACUGCAGGACCUCACAAACUGACUCAACUGUAAAGCUUGAACUGUCAAUGAGUUAUGAGAAACCAGCAGAACUUAUGACUCUGGCUAGAAGGAAACUAUUUACUGUACCAAUAAGACAAGAAGAAUCCUUCAAAGAUGAAAAUGGUAGCACGCACUUCAGUGACAUUGAGAGUGUGAUUAACGAACCAGAAAACGAAGAAGCAUCCCCAUCAAUUUGCAGCUCAGAAAAGGAGGAUGAAGCAAGCAAUUGUCAACUUGUCUCAGCUAAGCUGAUCACCAAAAGCUCCCAAGAUUUUGUACUUAUCCUCUCCUUUUCAAGAAUCAUAGCAGAUUACUGGUCCUCCUGCCUCUUCAUACAUCAACUGGUGGACAUGUAUGGGAAAUUGGAGAAAUCACCGACUUACAGGCCCUCAAUGGCUGCUUUAAGACAAACAAGAAUCCGUCAAGAGACAUUUAAAAGUUUUGAGAGCAUUAAAACAAGAGGAGGAAGAAGUAUUAGAGGAGGAGGGAACAGUUUUGGAGUACUUACGAAGCGACCAUUACCACCUCCUCUAGCUCCCUCAAUAAACAAAGACUUAAAGCCAAGAGUGAGCUCUUUAGUAUCAUUUCUACAAGUCGCUUUGAGAGAGAAGGAGAUUCUUGUGGUAAAGUCAAAAGAAAGGUUAUACAACUUCUGGCAAAGCAGCAUCACAGCAACUGUAAGGAGGACAAGAGGUCCACCAAGAGUGAAAGUCAUCUCACCAAUACGUAUUCCAACUGGCAUUACUGAAAGAACUAGCAGACUAGGGAACAAUAGACCAAUGACCUCUAGGCUAAGACCAUUGACUGGUCGAGCUCGCCCCAUAACUGCUAGAAGAAUUAGCGUUGAUCAGUCACUGUCAGGACCAGCCACUGGAACACAUUACAUUAAGGUGGAUGAGUACAUUGGUUACAACUUUAUCAAAAACUUUCCCGAAGAGCACAAGAUUGAUAAAAAAGAUCUAUUGUGCUUGGCUUCAUUGUCAGUGUAUAUAUUGAUACUGGGCAGAUGCUGUAGAGGAUGGGAUGGAAAUAGAACUAGCAAUAUAGGUCCUACAGGUCCAUCAUCACGCACGUAUCUUGACCCACUCCUUAAAUUUAAGGAGAGAGAAGAGACUGCAGAGAGCAAGGAAGAGCUUAUAAAGAGAAGAAGAGGAAAAUUAGACACUGGGACAUUCUUGAUUGGAAUAGAUGUAUCACUGAGGCAGCUAUCUGCAGAGAAAACACAAGGACUUUUUGCACCGUUAACUAACACUGUAGGUCUAAGAGUUGAUUUGAGUUCGUAUAAAUCAUUUACUGACAUGAUACUAGCACUGAAUGAAUCAGUGCAUCACUGUAGAUGCAAUGGACACUUUCCAUUUAGUACAGUAGCAGAUGAAUAUGGACUAGUUCAUGGUAUACCGGUCAGGUUCUCUUACUACAAUUCAAAUGAUGUUCAGCAGUUGAGUGACCCCGAUCAAUUCUUCUUCAUAGAGACUGCAGUGGGUGUUGAAAAGAAAGCUCUUUCAAAAAUGGGCUCGCUCUGUUACAUUAAUCCACUUAACACUAAAAUGGAUGAUAAAUGCCAAUUAGAAUUAUUCAUGUGGGAAGGAGUGAGACAGUACACUAUUGAAGGACUCUUUAUAUUUCAAACAAACGGUCCAUUCAAAUCUGACCAGGUCAUGAGGUCCUUCAACGAAGAAAUGAUCAAACUAUUGCAACUUGUGGCACAAAAUCCAAACAUUGAUACAGGAGCUCUGGUAUCAAGCAUUGAACCUCCAUUCACCAACGGGGUCAUUAGAGAUAAACAAAGGAGAAGAUAAUUAUAAUCAUUUUAGCUGAAAAUCACAAAAAAUUAAUGUUUCAUCGCUUUCUUUUGGCCGCCAGCC